CAUUAUAUCUUGUUUGUAUUGCAUGUUAAUGAUAUUGAUAACAAUGCAUUGGCUUCUGUAUACUAUGCCCCUAUUAUAUCACCGACUUCGUACAUAACAGACGUUUUUGUAACGUUUUUUUUUAUUGUGUAAUAAACUCAUAAUUAAUUUCAGAUAUAAUUUAAAAGGGUCCAACCCGUUUCAAAAUGGUGAAAGCUGUGGCAGUGGUGACCAUCAGUGACACCUGCUUCAAAGACAACUCCAAGGACACAUCGGGGCCCGCACUAGCCGCUUUUGCAAAAGAGUUAUUCCCCAAGGCCAACUUGCACAAAAUCAUCAUCCCGGAUGAAAGGGAGAUCAUUGAAAAAGAGCUCAAGUACUUCUGUGAUGAAGCACAUGUAAACCUAGUUUUAACAACAGGAGGGACUGGAUUCAGCUCUAGAGAUGUGACCCCUGAGGCUUCUAAGGCUGUGAUCCAUAGAGAUGCACCGGCUAUUACAGCAGCUAUAACUCAGGCAAGUCUAGAGAAGACUCCAAUGGCAAUGCUAUCUAGAGCAGUAGCUGGUAUAAGAGACAGAACUCUAAUCAUUAAUUUCCCCGGCAGCAAAAAGGCUGUUACUGAAUGUUUUGAAGUUGUAAAGCCUGUUUUAAGCCAUGCUUUAGCUUUGAUCAAUGAUGAGUUACAGGAAGUAAGAACUAUCCAUGAUUCCAUGCAGUUCAACUCCUGUUCUCAUGGGCAUAAAACUAGUAAUGUGGAUUUGGGUAAAGUAGCAUUCAGAGCCCGCGAAUCCCCAUUCCCGAUGUUAGAAAUGAAGGAGGCGCUCCAAACUGUGGACAAUGUGAUGCGGGGGUGGGUUCAUGUUUUAGAGAUAGUUCCUAUUGAGAAGGCUCCGGGCAGAGUGGUGGCCGAGUCUUUGUGUACUAAGGAACCUAUGCCGCCAUUCCCUGCAUCAGUUAAAGAUGGUUACGCAGUUCUAAGUUGCGACGGGGCCGGCGUUCGUACGGUGCGCACGGCGCUGACGGCAGGCGAGGCGCCGACGGCGCCGUUAGCCCCCGGACAGUGCGCGCGCGUCAACACGGGCGCGGCGUUGCCCGCCGGAGCGGAUGCUGUCGUACAGGUGGAAGACACUAAAUUAGUGUCAGCAUCAGAAGACGGUAAUACGGAGUUGGAAGUGGAAAUCAUGGUUGCGCCGCCGGCGGGCCAAGACGUGCGGCCCAUCGGCUUCGACAUACCCAUGGGGGCUGAGCUCGUUAAAAAAGGAUCUGUUCUGGAUGCCGGGCACGUUGGGAUCUUGGCGGGAGCCGGCCAUCUGAAUGUUACUGUCAAAGGACACCCAAAGGUGGCGCUACUGUCGACGGGCAAUGAGCUACAGGAACCCUCGGAGGCGAAGCUGAAACCAGCGCACAUCAGGGACUCCAACAGGACUAUGCUCAGAGUUCUACUCAGGGAGCACGGCUACGACACCAUAGACUGCGGCAUCGCGAAGGACGAGCCGGCGCAGUUAGCAACCGCACUAGCGGGCGCCAUGGCGCGCGCGGACCUGGUCGUGUGCUCGGGCGGCGUGUCCAUGGGCGAGCGGGACCUGCUCAAGCCGGUGCUGCUCAAGGACUUCGGCGCGACGCUGCAUUUCGGGCGCGUGCGCAUGAAGCCUGGCAAACCGAGCACCUUCGCCACCUGCCAGUUCAACGGACGCACCAAGUACAUCUUCGCACUGCCUGGUAACCCGGUGUCAGCGUAUGUGUGCUGCCUGCUGUUCGUCAUUCGAGCCCUCAAGGUGUGCAGCGGCCGCAACCCCAAUUGGCCGCGACUGCGCGUGCGUCUGUCGCACGCCGCCAAGCUCGACCCGCGGCCCGAGUUCGCCCGCGCCACGCUCGCCUACCCCACCGACAACGAUUUACCCACCGCCACGCUGCUCGGCAGCCAGUGCAGCAGCAGACUGCUGAGCGCGUGCGGCGCGGGCGUGCUGCUGGAGCUUCCCGGCGCCUCGGCCGCCGCCCCGCAGCUGCCCGCCGGCGCCGUCGUGCCCGCGCUCGUCAUCGGCCGCCUCGACCUGCCCUAGACACGAAGCUAUUCUGCCAUUCUAUAAAUACUAUACCGAACCACAGAAUAACUAAUAGUACUACCGUACAGAAAAAUCUCUUCACAAAAGUCAGAUUUAGGUAUAAAAUUAUACCUAUACUCGCCGCCUGCAACAAAAUUGAAACUUAUAACUUAUAACCGCGCACGAACGGUGAAUCUUCUUUGCGCGACCGCCACCGCCACGUGACACGACUAUCGUGCGGUCGAGCGGCAGCCCACUGCCAUACGCCUGCCCUGCCCGGGAGGCCCGCCGGCCAAAUGUACCUAAACUGCGUAGUGACACCCCCCUGACCGACCUGAACAGACAGAACUGAUAGACUAGAAUAAAAUCUGACUAUACCAUUUCCACCACUAAAAGGCGCGUCAUUUCAUACAUAAAAUGUAAUGAAUUGAAUAUAUUUCUCAAAAAAGUGAGUAAGUAAAAUUGAGCGUGUCUUCAACGCAGAUCUAGAAGCGUAUGUCGUCAUUCUAUAUUGAUGGUCUUCGCUUCGAUGAAGAUUUAUGAUAUCUAAUGUAAUACCUUUAAACGAGCAAUUCUUGUAUAUUUAUAUAUAUGUCGGAGAAUAGCUGAAAUGUGCCAUUUAUCACCUUCAAGAGGCGUUUUAUCAUGCAAACCUUGACAGAUAGAGCAAACUAAGGUGUUACGUACACCUGAGUGGCGUUCGACGCAGUUCUGCCAAGACGUCAUAGAGUGCGCUGUUAAAACAAUUGAAGAUAUGCUGUGAAUCAAUCUUCAAGGAGGGGAAUGAGGAGAACGAACGGGAGAAGGUUCCUGGGUCAAAUCCACUGGUUUGCUUAAGAUAAGAAACGUAACGUGUGCUGUGAUUUGUAAUGACUAAUGAGUCUUGUCCAGUAAAGUCUGUGAAUUAAAUAUCGUAUUUCAUUGGAGGCCCUCGUCAUCUACGAUUGAAGGUUCUAAUGUGCUUCUGAUACUAUGAUACGCUCACAAUUCCCGACAUAUUAUAUUUCGGGGAUCUCGGAAACAGCUCUAACGAUUUCGAUUAAAUUUGCUAUUUUUUCGGGGGUUUUCGGGGACGAUAAAUCGAUCUAGCCAGGUGUUAUCUUUGAGAAAUCGCGCAUUUUUGACUUUUUAUAUGUUUUCCGAGCAAAGCUCGGUUUCCCAGAUAGGUAUUGUUCUCACGCGUGACGUGUAUGUUUAGGUAAAUAAUUGUAAAAUCAUAAAACAGUUACAACGUACUAGUUGCUUCUAGAGAUUCCAUAAUAGUUAUUUUAGAAUGUAGUAAGAAUGAACUAAUUAAUGUUGCGAAAGAGAUGUUAUGACAUACCUCGUUAGAACUGGUAUACUUAAAGUAUCUCCACUUUAUUUUAGAUCUGGACUGGUUGUUAUGAAAGGUUGUGAAAAUAUUGCCUUAGAGGCGGUAAACAUAUAUAAUUAUAAAUAUAUACUAUAUUGUGUUGUUUAUGUACUUACGGAGCAUUAGAUAAGUAAAACUGUAAAUUUUAUUUACAUGUUAAAAUAUUUUAAAAACUU